GCCCGUGGCAGGUGUCCGGCAGAGGACCCCGAAGAUGCCCAAGAAGCAGGAGGCGAAUGCCCGCUCCCAGCCCCAUGAGGGGCUGCCACGCCUGCACAAGCGCCGCCAGGUGCGCCAGAGGCAGCCGCCGCCGGCUGCCAGCUGGACCACGGUCUCGUCCCUCCACGGGGACAGGCUGCCACAGCUCCCCAGCCCAGCGAGCUCACAGAGCACUCGGAGCCUCUGCACACAGACGGACAGGCUGGAGGGCUGGCAGGCACUGCCCUGCAGCAGGGUCACAGGGCGAGAAAGAGCGCCCAUGCCAGACCUGUCGUCUCUCCCAAGGCUUGAAGCGACGCAGGCAGCUGCACCCUGGCAUGCCCUUGCAGCUCCAACAGCAGGCUCUGCAAAUGUCACCAAGCUGCCUGCUCUGACAGGAGCAGCCCCCAGGCCUUCUCUGAGAAGCGGAGCACAUGCCGUGGGCCUCGCGGCCGGCAGCCACCGAGAGCUUGUGCCACCUGCUUGGAGGAUCCCUGAUGAGUGGAGCAUGCCAGUGAGGGCUGAGAGGUGGGGGGCUGCCCCACACAGCCCCACAGCCCAUGGCGUUGCUCUGGAGUCCUCGGUCCAGGCGUCUGUGUCAGGGGUCCCGAGUCACGCCAUAGCUGCAAGCUGGGAACCCGGCCAGCAGCUGGCGGCACGGGGGCACCUUGCAGACACCACUGGUCUGGAGUCAGCGGCAAGAACAACCCAGGGGCAGGCCGCGUGGGGUUGCAAGGCCCCUGCAGCUCAGCCAGGGCCUGAUCCCCCUGCACAAUGGGGCACCAGGGCUGCUGGCGAGGCCUGUGAACCAGUUGCCCUGCAGAGGUGCGCCGAAGGGCUCUGGGAACGGUCGAUGGCAAGGCAGGGCCGUCUGCCGCCCCUGCAACUUCCACGUGGCAAGCCGCUGCGCACAGGGCCUGAGGAUGCUCUGAAGCGCUGUGUGGUCAUGCAAAUCAAGAUAGAGGAUCUGGAGGAGGUGGAGGAAGACAAUGAUUCUGAAACGUAUGAAGACCUGUCAGGAGAGCUUCUCUCCUACCUGGAGGAAGACAUCUUCCACGCCAUCUGUGGCAUCCCACUUCUGCCAAGACUCAGCCAGCAGUCAGGUGCAGGCCCCCAUCAGGGGCCCAGCUGGCCCGGCAGCAUGGCCGGAGACGCCACAGGAGAGUCAGACAGCUUCCUGAAGUGUGUGUCUCCUGGCCUGUCAGAAGACUCUGAUGCAGGCCCCCAGAAGGUGCCCAGCUUGCCCGGUAGCAUGGCCAGAGAUGCCGCAGGAGAGGCAGAUGGCUACCCGGAGCCUGUGUCUCCUGCCCUGUCAGAAGACUCAGAUGCAGAGCCAGCAGCUUGUCCCCAGGCCGGAGUUGCCAGGAACCAGGAGCACAGUGAGCCUCUCCCCACAUCAGCGUCUGAGGACACCGGCUUCUCAACUUCUCCAUCGCUGGGAAGCUCCUGUGAGGAGAGUCAAUGUGCGAUUCUCCCUGCGUCAGCACCUGAAGAUGCAGAGUCAUUGGCUCCUCCCAUGCCUGUGGCCGUGCCCCAUGUGGCAGAUGAUGGUGCCGAAACGGUUGGCACUGCUCGGGGCAUCCUAAAUGACCAGGACUUUGCAGCAAGGGCUGAAGGCCAGGGGUCUGCCUCUGAUGGCCCCAUGGCCUUGUAUGCUCUUCUGGAGGAGCUACCCCGCCUGGAGGACCGCAUCCAGCUCUGGGGUCCCCAGUACAAGAAAGACAAGGACCUGUUCCAGCCGGUCCAGCGGAGGGCCACAAAGACGCUCAGAGGGCUGGAACUGCUCUCCUAUGGAGAAAGCCUGAGAGAGUUGCGGUUGUACAGCCUGGCGAGGGCAAGGCUCCAGGGAGACCUUACUGCAGCCUUUUAA